AGCACAGGCCAAGCGAUCGACCUGAGUCACGCUCCUCUCGCCAGCCACUUUCCUGCCGGAGUCAGGACAGUUACUAGUAGGACGAGCGAAGCACGGGGAGUGACCACCAGCAGAGCAGUUCACAGACAGCAAGCAAGCGCGAGGAUCGAUCGAUCGGAGCGGCGGCGAUGGACGACGACUUCGGCUGCGUGAUCGGCGUCGCGGGGAGGGGGGAAUUCGCGGUGGUGGCGUCGGGAACCCCCAUCGUGCACCUCGACUCCCACAGGCUUCUCGCCAUCUCCGGCAACCAGCAGAACCGCGCAAGGUUCGCGAGGACGAUGUGCCGCAGGUGGAAGGGGCUGACCGGGGUGCCGUACCCCGACACCGCCACGGUCGCCGACCUCGCGCGCGAGCUGCUCGACCGCGGCCACUCCGUCGAGGCCCUGGUCGUGGGCUACAACCAGGCCCAGCCCCACGCGGCGGUGAGCUGCGUCGGCCCCGCGCUCCCGCGCGGCCAGUUCCUGUUCGGGGCCGCGGGCCGGGGAGCGGAGGCCUGCAGGGCGGUGCUGCGCCGGGGCUACCGCGACACCAUGUCGUCCAGCGACGUGAUCGAGCUCGUGGAGAGCUGCAUCGCGGAGAUCCGCCGGCUCGGGGUUCCCGGGGCUGCCGGCGAGUUUGCGGUCCAGUAUGUCGACAGAUGGGGAGCGGCGCCCGUGGGAAGGGAGGUCAGGGAGACAAUGGCUAUCUAUCGACAGAUGGCACUCGAAGUGUUAAAAUCACAUGGUGAAGGAGGAUCUAGUGGAUCAGCUUAGCUAUUGUGUAAAGCUAAUUGAACGCAUCGCAGUUGGCAUCUUCAAAACUGGGGGGGGGGAGCUGGGCAUCAUGGAUCCCAAGUAUGGUCAUGUAAUUUCCUUGAGCAACAAUGGAGGUGAUGGUGUUAUUGGCAGUGCUUAUUUAGUCGUUGUUAUAUUUUAAUCCGCACCUUCGUCGUGUAUUUGGUUCAUGGUUGAAACCUUGAGUGUUGUUCUGUUGUGUCGUGAUGAAAAACCUGUAGAACAUUCAGGUUUCCAUUGAUGGUAACUGGCGAACAACUUUUAUCUAAAGUAAA